AGUGAGGUCAUCGCCCUCCGACUCCGGGCACCCGACCCUCCACGUCAGGGGUGGGGCCUGUGGCCGCGCUCGACUCCCUACGCCCCGCCUCCACGGACGCCUCCUCGCGGACCUUCCGGCACGUCACGUGACAGGUCGGCGUUGCUGGCGGUUGCUGUCAGCUGAUUCCCCGGGUUGGUGGCUGGGGCAGCCGCGGCGAUGGACUUUCUCCUGGGAAAUCCUUUCAGCUCUCCGGUGGGACAGCGCAUCGAGAAGGCGACAGAUGGCUCCCUGCAGAGCGAGGACUGGGCCCUCAACAUGGAGAUCUGCGACAUCAUCAACGAGACGGAGGAAGGUCCCAAAGAUGCCUUCCGAGCAGUGAAGAAGAGAAUCGUAGGGAAUAAGAACUUCCACGAGGUGAUGCUGGCUCUCACGGUUUUAGAAACCUGCGUCAAGAACUGCGGGCACCGCUUCCACCUGCUGGUAGCCAGCCAGGACUUCGUGGAGGGUGUGCUGGUGAGGACCAUCCUGCCCAAGAACAACCCGCCCACCAUCGUGCACGACAAGGUGCUCCACCUCAUCCAGUCCUGGGCUGACGCGUUCCGCAGCUCGCCCGACUUGACAGGUGUGGUGGCCGUCUAUGAGGACCUGCGGAGGAAGGGCCUCGAAUUCCCGAUGACCGACUUGGACAUGCUGUCACCCAUCCACACGCCCCAGAGGACCGUGUUCAGCUCAGAGGCGCCAUCAGGGCCGAAUUCAGUGGGCACGGACGCCAGCCAUGGAGGAGACUCCACCCCGCACACCACCCCUCUGCCUGUGCCGGCCACACUCCCCAGUGACACACCCAUCACACCCACCCCUGAGCAGAUCGCGAAGCUGCGCAGCGAGCUCGAGAUGGUGAGUGGGAACGUGAGGGUGAUGUCGGAGAUGCUGACGGAGCUGGUGCCCACCCAGGCAGAGCCUGCAGACCUGGAGCUGCUACAGGAGCUCAACCGGACGUGCCGAGCCAUGCAGCAGCGGGUCCUGGAGCUCAUCCCCCGAAUCGCCAAUGAGCAGCUCACCGAGGAGCUGCUCAUCGUCAAUGACAACCUCAACAAUGUGUUCCUGCGCCAUGAACGGUUUGAACGGUUCCGAACAGGCCAGACCGGCAAGGCCCCACGAGAGGUCGAGGUGGCAGCUGACCUGAUCGACAUGGGCCCUGACCAGGCGGCCACCGGCAGCCUCUCGUCCCAGCUGGCGGGAAUGAACCUGGGCUCCAGCAGCGUGAGGGCUGGCCUGCAGUCUCUGGAGGCCUCUGGCCAACUGGAAGGCGAGUUUGACAUGUUUGCGCUGACCCGGGGCAGCUCUCUGGCUGACCAACGGAAAGAGGUGAAAUACGAAGCCCCCCAAGCAGCAGAUAGUCUGGCGGGAGCCCUGGAUGCCCGACAGCAGAACACUGGAGCGAUCCCUGUCACCCAGGCCUGCCUCAUGGAGGACAUCGAGCAGUGGCUGUCCACGGACGUGGGGAAUGACGCAGAGGAGCCCAAGGGCGUCACCAGCGAAGAAUUUGACAAGUUCCUGGAAGAACGGGCCAAAGCAGCUGAUCGGUUGCCUAACCUCUCCAGUCCCUCGGCCGAGGGGCCCCCGGGGCCCCCUCGUGGCACUGCCCCUCGAAAGAAGACCCAAGAGAAAGAUGAGGACAAGCUGUUUGCCUUAUGAGCGUGGGGCCUGGCGCCUGCAGCUCAAGCCCCUGCUGCUCCCGCACCUCUUGGCCGGGGCUUCUUUCCCUCGUUCGGUGUUAAGGCUGCUUUGAGGAUGGCUUGUUAUCCCCUUCUCUCCUCAAGUAUGGGCUGACCCAGCUGUGGCUGGGCCACGCUGCCUGGGCUGUGGAGAGGCAGCUGGAUGAACUGGGGUAACGGGUCAGUUCCACGUUGGAAUCUCGGCCGACUCCUGCCUCCUUCCCUACCCCGACCGACCACUACUUUGCUGAGAAGUGGGAGGUCCUGUGACAGGCCGACUGCUUGGUCGCCCCGGUGUGACUCCUUGCCCUGGGUGAUCCCCUCCCUGGACCCAUCCCCAGAGGGGCCCACACUGUCAGCCGAGGCUUCGGCUGGGGGCUGGGGACAGCAGAAGCUUCUGUCACAGGCCCUGGGCCAUUCCCCGGCACCCGCCUCGUGGAGCCCAAGGGCUCUGGCUAGCUGUUGAGGGGGCUGCCAAGCUGCACGCUGUCCAGGUACGAAGCUGCAUAUGGUGGGGGUGAGACCUCCCCAGGCCGCAAAGGGGAGGCGUCUGGGGCUGCCUGGAGCACCUGUGACCCCCACGACCUCCACUGCCUUUUCCUGCAACCUUCCUCUCUUCCUCCCGGGCAGGGCUCCACCGGGCACUGGGCCCACCCACCUGUUGAUCGAUCCUCGUACUGGGAGAGGUGCCUUUUGUAUCCCCAAUUAAAGGUAGAAAAGCACCC